CUGCUCUCUACUGUUCACAGUCCCGCCAUGGAAGCCACUAUUCUCAGCUCGCGACGCUUCCAUCACCAACUCUUCCCCUCAAAAUUUCGAGGUGCAAUUUCAGGUUGCGAUAUUCAAAUUUGUUGUUUGCCCCUUGCUAGAACCAGCCAUGUUUCCCUUAAGACAAACCCUAUACAAUCUUGCACAAGAAAUUUCGUGUUGCCAAACAGGCCUUUCCCGUCCAAAGCAAACAAGAGAGUCUCUGCAAAGUUCUCAAACCAGUUCCUAAAUGAUUAUACAAACGUCGAGGCUACGCCUCCAGAGUCUCUAAAUCUUGAAGUUACUCCACUAAGUACCGAAGAUGGCACAGAAAUCUCCAAACAAAACGACAUUGACAAAGCAAAUGCCGAGCAAGCAAGGCCUCUAACAUUUAGAAAUCGGUUUCUGGAUUUUGUGCGCUUAAGUUCAGUCCUUAACAGUGCUGCUGAGUCAUUCUUCAAGAGUGAGAUUCGGCGGAGGUUAUUUGUGACGGCAGUACUAAUAGUGAUAAGUCGUGUCGGUUAUUUCAUUCCUCUGCCUGGAUUUGAUAGAAGGUUGAUCCCUCAAGAUUACCUGAGCUUCGUAUCGGGAUCUGUUGAUGAACUUGGCGAUUUCACAGCAGAGCUUAAAAUGUCCUUCUUCCAGCUUGGAAUCAGUCCUCAAAUUAUAGCAUCGAUUAUUAUGCAGGUACUUUGUCAUCUUGUUCCCUCCCUAGUGAAGCUGCGGAAAGAAGGCUUAGAUGGUCACGAGAAGAUUAAGAGUUAUAUAUGGUGGAUGUCUCUUGGCUUUGCAAUUGUGGAGGCCAUCAUACUGGCUUGUUACUCACUUCCAUAUUCAAUCUAUGCGGCUAGCUACAGGGUCAAGCAUGUGAUGGUGACAAGUAUGUUACUGGUCUGUGGUGCGAUGACAAUGACUUGGAUUUGUGAUACCAUCUCAGAAUCUGGAUUUGGUCAAGGUUCAUCUCUAAUCAUAUGUGUGCAAAUAUUGACUGGCUACACAGAGACACUAUACAAAAUGUUGUCUCAGCUCUCAGGAGGUUCUGUUAGUUGGGGUCCGUACUUGCUUGCAGUAUUGGGCGUUUUCACUGUAGUCACUAUGUGGGCAGUUGUGGUAACUGAAGGUUGCAGGAAGAUAAAGCUGCAGUACUAUGGUUUUAAGCUUGCUUCUUCUGCAAGAGAUGACUCGCCAAUUACUGAAGUGGAGCCAUAUAUCCCUUUUACCAUUAACCCAUCAGGAAUGCAGCCUGUUCUCACCACCACUUAUCUCUUGUCAUUUCCGAGUAUUCUUGCAAGUCUUCUUGGUUCGCCUUUCUGGGAGCAUGUUAAGGAGAUAUUGAACCCUGACAAUUCCAUUGGUGCAGGGCCUUGGGUGUACUACUCAAUAUAUGCGUUUUUUGUCUUCUUAUUCAAUAUAUUUGACAUUGCCAACUUGCCCAAGGAAAUUGCUGAUUACUUAAAUAAGAUGGGUGCUAGGAUACCAAACAUAAAACCUGGGAAGGCUACAAUUGAGUACCUUACAAAGAUUCAGGCAUCAACGCGUUUUUGGGGUGGGCUGUUGUUAAGUAUCUUGGCAACAACGUCAAGCAUACUGGAUCAUUAUUUACGCAAUAUCAAUGCAGGAUUUGCAAUUGGGUUGACGUCAGUCCUAAUCAUAGUGGGUUCUAUAAUCGAACUUAGAAGAUCAUAUCAAGCAUAUAAUGUAAUGCCAAGUUUAAGUAAAGCCUUAAGCCGGUAUGGUGUAUAACUUGCAAACCGGAUGUGCCUUCUAGUCUUGAGCACUGGAAUUCCUGGACUGAUGAAACACCUCAGCAGAAACCGGAAAGGGUUAUGGCAUCACGAUAUGGUUUGAGGGGUCCUGGAUGCUUAGAGUAACAGCUAAUGAUACUACUUCAUUUGGCAAAUACGUAGCGAAGGCUCGCCACUUGCAUGGUUUCUGUAUCAAACGGAAAAGCAUCGACGACAGGGUUUCAUGCAUUGUAGAGCACACUGCUUUCGUAUCGAGGAUAGGAUACACAGAUUCCAUUUAGAUGCUACUUAAUUGUAACACAAAACAUGUGUAACAAACUCCAAUAUACUCUUUGGGUAUUAAUACAUUGCAGGUUUUUUUUUUUUU